CACGCAACAACCCCUCACAAUCUUAUCUCAACUCCUUGCUUUUUAGCUCACUUUUUCUUUUUUCUAUUCCGCUUGCGUCUCCACGGUCCCUAGUGUUCGUACCUUCCUGCCCGUCUGAAGGGUAUAUCAUCAUUCGCUCUAGUUUUGGAAGAGAGUGAAUCUGGAAACCGUUGCUGGUUUAGCAGUUCGAGGUCGCUGCGCUUCACGAAGGUCACAUAAAAUAGGGUUUUUUUCCAGUUUGGAAUGAGACCUCCUGGUGGUCCUGGCGGGCCUCGGCCCGGAGGACCCGGACCCGGACCCGGUCCUCCUGGGCCUGGUUGGAGUCCGCCUGGACCUCCUGGGGGUCCCGGUCCUGGACCUUGGCCCGGGCCGGUGGGCUUUCUUGGCGGCCUCUUUGAUGGCUUGUGCACCACCCUUUCUUCCUGCUUGUACGUCGUGUGCUGUUGCUGGCUGUUGAACGACUGCUUCGGGGCCCCACGCGGGCCUCCUGCCGGCCCACCUGCUCCGCCGCCCGGUCCGGCUCCGCUCCAGCCUGCGCCUCCUCCAGGCCCGCCUCCACCCGUGCCGGCUUUUGCUCCGCCCCCACCCGGGCCUCCUGGGCCAGCUUUUGGUCCUCCUCCGCCGCCAGGGCCUGCUUUUGGCCCUCCUCCGCCUGGGCCUCCAGGGCCUGGUUUCGGCCCACCCGAUCCUUUCGGACCUCCUGGUGGGCCUCCAGGGGGGCCGGGCGGGCCCCCAGGACGCCCUCCUCCCUGACUGAAGUUCCACGAAUGAUGAGAUUUUAAGCUAACCAUUAAAACCAUUGUAAGUCGAUUUGAGUGUGAAGGUAGCUUUAUCAUGUUGUGACAAAAAGAUGGUCCAAACUUGUGGGCUUCAUUUGUGUUGAUCAUUCUC